CCUCCCUGCCACUCUAUCCACCUAUCCAAGAGGUUGUAGCAGAAUCUCACUGACUUUUUAUCAACACUACACUGGAUUGACAUCGUUGUGGAUUUUAGGAUUACUUGAUCCUAAUUUCUUCACACCUGUAAAGGAGGUUCCUUGGGGGGUUUAUCAUUGGAUGGGGGGCGUGUCCUUUAUGCUGAGCUAAGGGACAAGUGCACAUGCAAGACUUGGAGGAUAGGGACCACACAGAGAGACCUCCAGUGAAACUGAGUGGUCAGCAAUCCAGACAUAUUUGAAUAUUAAUUGGGAGCAGGUGAUACAGCAGAGUUCUUUGGAAAACGUGGCCGCAUAAAAACCGUAGUUGGAAACCUGGAUGGUGAUCACGUCCUAAGAUCAAAACAUAACCAGACGAGAGGCCGAUAUGGAGCUGCGACUGGCAUGCAGGGCUUCCCUAGUCCUGGUCAUACUGGCACUGGCUCUCUCAGGACAGAGGGUUGAUGCUCAAAGCAGGGCAGGCUGUAAGAACGUGCACUAUGACCUGGUGUUCAUCCUGGACACAUCGUCCAGUGUGGGGAAGGAGAACUUUGAGAAGAUCCGCCAGUGGGUCUCCAACCUGGUGGAGUCGUUCGACGUGGGCCCGGACAAGACGCGUGUGGCCGUGGUACGCUACAGCGACCGGCCCACCACCGAGUUCAACCUGGGACUCUACCGCACCAUGGACGAGGUGAAGAGGGCCGCCAGGAACAUCCGCUACCUGGGAGGGAACACCAUGACCGGGGACGCCAUCAGCUACACCACCACCAACAUCUUCACAGAGCGGGCCGGGGCCAGGCCUGCAGCCAAGGGCAUCCAGAAGGUGGCUAUCCUCCUGACAGACGGGAGGAGUCAGGAUUACGUGUUGGAACCGUCAAAGGCGGCAGCGAAGGCCGGGGUGAGGAUGUUCGCUGUGGGCAUCGGGGAGGCUCUGAAGGUGGAGCUGGAGGAGAUCGUUGCAGAACCUAAGAACGCUCACGUGUUCCAUGUGACAGACUUCAAUGCCAUCGACAAGAUCAGAGGGCGGCUGAGGAGACGGCUCUGUGAAAAUGUGCUAUGCCCCAAUAUGAAGGUCCAACCAGACCGCUUCAAGCCCAACAGCACCAGCUAUGGAUUGGAAGAAGUUCCAGGGUUCGACCUGAUGGAAUACUUCAAAGUGGAAAACAUACUGGGAUCAAGGUUUAAUGAGGGCCAGAGCUCCUAUGUUCGACUUGGGACCAUGCCUAUUGUACAACAGACAGAAGACGUGUUCCCUCAAGGUCUGCCAGAUGAAUAUGCCUUUGUGACGACUUUCAAGUUCAGGAAGACCUCGAGACGGGAGGACUGGUACCUCUGGCAGAUCUUUGACAAGUACGGAAUUCCACAGGUGUCUAUCCGUCUAGACGGUGAGAACAAGGCAGUGGAAUACAAUGCAGUGGGGCUGACCAAAGACGCAGUGAGAGCUGUGUUCAAGAACGAGGAGGUGGACAACCUGUUCGACAGGAACUGGCACAAGAUCGCCCUGAGCGUCGAGGCCAAGGCUGUGUCUCUCUACCUGGACUGUAAACUCAUCCAGACCCUGCCCAUCGGGGACAGGGAGGACAUCGAUAUCCAAGGGAAGACUGUGAUCGGGAAGAGGCUGUAUGACAGCGUGCCCAUUGACUUUGACCUCCAGAGAAUGAUCAUCUACUGUGAUUCCAAACACGCUGAGCUGGAGACCUGCUGUGAUUUGCCCACCGGGCCGUGCCCCAAGAAGGUGGUGACGGAGGCCCCUCCCAUAGAGAUACCCACCCCCACCCCUGCAGGUGUGGAGCAGCAGAGAGGACCCCAGGCGGUCAACUGCUCCUGUCCCGCUGGAGAGAGGGGAGAGAUCGGUGUACCUGGGGUUGCCGGUCCCAAGGGUGAUAAGGGUGAUACUGGUGCUCUGGGAGCAGCUGGACCUACUGGCCUCAAGGGAGCCAAAGGAGAAACUGGCAAAGUAAUAACUGUCAAGGGAGACAGAGGUGAGAAGGGGGAUCCCGGUAGCCAGGGGACAUCCGGUGACAAAGGAUCCGAUGGGGAGAAGGGAACCAGUGGAGCAGCAGGUCUUGCUGGGAAAGAUGGAUCUAAAGGAGAAAGAGGUGAUUCUGGGCUGGCAGGCGAUCAGGGAUUUCCUGGACCUCUGGGACCAAAGGGAAUUCAAGGAGACUCCGGACUUCCUGGUUUAUCUGGACCCAGAGGCGUCGGUGGUGAAAAAGGUUUGAAAGGAGAUAAAGGAUCUGCAGGAUUACGGGGUGACAAAGGUAUUGAUGGAUUCCCUGGAAAACCUGGUGUUCCUGGAAAAGAUGGUUUGGGAGGACUGACUGGUGCACCUGGAGCCGCUGGCCUGAAAGGGGAAAAGGGAGAGACGGGCCCUGCUGGAAUGCCUGGGGAUAUGGUUCAAAGAGAUGGCUUGAAAGGAGAGGCUGGACCGCCAGGACCUCGUGGCCCUCCAGGACCUGAUGGUCCCCCUGGACCCCCUGGUGCAACUGGUCAACUUGGUUUACCUGGCGAACCUGGAGAGUUUGGCCAAAGGGGCAAGAAAGGUGAAAGUGGAUUACCUGGUGUUGACGGGCUACCCGGACCACCUGGUUCUCAGGGGCCUCCUGGAGGGCAAGGAAGCCCUGGACAAACUGGACCUCCUGGUCUACCUGGCGAGAUUGGAUUUUCAGGGAAACCAGGAGAGGCAGGCAAAGCAGGUUUACCUGGAAACGAUGGGCUGGACGGACUUCCAGGCAAUGACGGAGCCAAGGGGCCUAGAGGAGAGUCUGGAUUGGAUGGCUUCCCUGGUAAACCUGGUCCUAAGGGUGAGGAAGGACCACCGGGACCAAGAGGACCUGGAGGAGAGGGGGGACAAGUUGGUUUAACUGGACAACCAGGUGUUGUUGGACCAAAAGGAGAGAAAGGAGGACAGGGUGACCAGGGACAAGGCGGCUCUCUCGGGCCAAAGGGUGACAAAGGUGACAAGGGUGACACGGGACCCAAGGGAACUCCAGGAAUACCAGGAAAUGUGGCCAAUGUUAUCCCUGAGCCUGGUGAGCCUGGAACACCUGGAGAGAGAGGAGAAAAGGGAGAGCAGGGGAAUCCAGGAGAUAUUGGUCAACGAGGAGUGCCUGGUGAACAAGGCUUUGUGGGACUGCCCGGUCCACAGGGACCUAAAGGUGACAUUGGCCCUAAAGGAGAGACUGGGAGACAAGGAGAGCCUGGUCCUCCAGGAUUGCAGGGUACACAGGGUACCCGUGGACUGCCUGGCAAUGUGGGCAUCCCUGGAACCCUUGGACCACCUGGAAUAGCUGGACAGAGAGGAGAGAGGGGAGAGAUGGGGAAGGAGGGUCGUGGUGGCCCCCCAGGCCCUCCUGGAGAUACAGGCAUACAAGGACCCCCUGGCCUACCAGGGAAGGGCAAAGACGGACAGAACGGUGAUCCUGGACAGCAGGGAAUUGAAGGACAGCCCGGCCAGAAGGGCCAACCCGGAUCCCAGGGACUUCAGGGGGUUCCAGGGAACAGGGGUCCUCCAGGAGAAGGCAAAGUCGGACCCCCGGGACCUUCAGGGCCAAAUGGUGCAGUUGGACCGGCGGGCAUGAGAGGUCUGUCAGGCAUCGCUGGUACACAGGGACCUGCAGGACACAAUGGUUUACCAGGACGACCAGGAGAGAAGGGAUCCCCAGGAGAGCCAGGAGCAGCAGCAGACUUGUCGGAUUUGGAUCUGAAGGAUGUGUGUUCAGAGUGCCCAGCCGGAGCCCCGGGACAACCUGGUCUGCCAGGGACACCAGGGGACAAGGGACAAGCUGGACCCCCAGGGAAGAAUGGACAGGACGGGUACCAAGGCAAGGCAGGCCCAGCCGGAACCUCUGGACCCCCAGGAGCUAACGGAGAAAAGGGUGUGAAAGGUGAUAGAGGACCCCAAGGAGGGCCUGGAGACAAAGGUGAAAUAGGCCACACCGGACCCCCCGGCCACCCCGGUGCUGCUGGCAUCAUGGGGAAUCCUGGUAACAACGGUCAACCCGGCCCCAUCGGUCCCCCAGGAGCCCCUGGAGAAAAAGGCAAGGAGGGGAUGAAGGGAAUCCAGGGGCCACCAGGUCUACCAGGCUUAAUGGGUCAAAUGGGCAAAAUUGGCAAAGAUGGCCGCCAAGGAGAACAAGGAGAAUCUGGUAAACAAGGAGAGCCAGGACCACAGGGACAACCCGGACUCAGGGGAAUGCCUGGCUUCAAGGGUCACAGAGGAGAGCCUGGACCACCAGGGUCAAAGGGUGAAGAUGGAAAGGAAGGCCGUAGCGGACCGGAGGGCAAACCUGGCCAAGACGGUAAUAUUGGACCACUUGGACCAGAGGGCCUUGCUGGCCGGAGAGGGGAGAAUGGUAAACCUGGUGAACCAGGACCUUCAGGAAAGCCAGGAGCCCCUGGUACUCCUGGUCCCGCUGGAGCCAAGGGAGACCCUGGGAACCCAGGAUUACCAGGCUUUAGUGGUCCAAAGGGACCUUUGGGUCCUACUGGUCCUGUCGGCCCAGAGGGAAAACAGGGUAUGUCAGGCAGAGCAGGAGAACGUGGAGUCAAAGGAGAGCGGGGCGACUCGGGUGGGAAGGGAGAUAAGGGAUCUGUUGGAGAUCCAGGUAUGCCUGGUAACCCGGGGCCCCCAGGCCGUAAGGGCCACACAGGGUUGAUGGGUAUGUCCGGGCCCCCAGGAGAGGUGGGACUUACCGGGCCUCAGGGAACACCUGGAAACCCCGGACAACCUGGACCACGAGGAGAGUCAACAUCACUGGAAACAAUGAGAAGGCUGAUCCAGGAGGAACUAGCUAAAGCGUUAGAUGACAAAAUGGCGUACCUGAUGGCCCAGAUCCAGCCGGCCCAUGUGAAGAGCACGGCAGGUCGGCCAGGACCUCCAGGCCCCUCGGGGAAAGACGGGAGCCACGGUCGCCCCGGGCCCCCAGGGGAGCCUGGCAUGCCAGGGCAGAAUGGAGGAGACGGCAUGAGGGGACCCAUGGGUCCUAAAGGUGAGAGAGGAUCCAGAGGAGACAAGGGAGAAAAUGGAGUUGGACAGAGAGGAGAGACUGGACCAUCAGGUCCUAUAGGUCCAGCAGGUAUGCCAGGCUAUGGUAAGGAUGGGCAGCCCGGGGUGGCUGGAGCUCAGGGAGAACCAGGGAAUCCUGGCCCUCAUGGCCAGCCAGGCCCCAGCGGGCCCCCAGGACAGUGUGACCCCUCCCAGUGUGCCUACUACGCUAGUCUGGGAUCACGACCCCACACCAAGAACGUCAAGGGGACUUAAAGAGACAGAGACACACUAACUGCUUCCAAAAUGGCAACCCAUUCCUUGUAUAGUGCACUACUCUGGUCAAAAGUAGUGCACUAUAAAGGGAAUAGGAUGCCAUUUGGGAUGCAGUUAGAGAGCUACAAGUCCAGCUAUUUAUGAACUGGGAUGUGUCAGGAUGAACCAAGAACUUUUCUUUCUAUAAAAAUAUAUCUCCUUAGUUUGGAGGGAGCUCGAGAGAAGUGUUCUGCCUGCCUGCCAGUCAGAAUUAGUUUGUUUUUGUUUUUGUUGUGAGGGUUGGGGGUGAAAUGACCAGGGGAAGUGGGUGUGGAAGGUCGGUUUAUGUCUGAUAUUUGGUAAUGUUAUCAUCAAGAAUUACGUUAUUUGUUCAACUUAGACGGACUGCCAUUGUUCCUAUCCGGCUCGAAGGACCAUGUAAAAGACCCAGUCAUGCUUACUGGGCCUGGGUUCAAAUAGGAUUUGUUUUCGCUUGAUUGAGCUUGCCUGGCACAAUGGAACCAAUGGAGUAGUCGUCAAAAGUGCAAACCUUGCUGAUCUGGCACUUUAGGCAGGCUCACUCAAAUGCUCAAAACUAUUUAAAAGAAAACAAAUACCAUCUCUACCCAUGUCUGGUAAAAGAUGGAGCCACAGUUACAGAACGGCCAUUUAUACCAUAAUAGAGUUGUCAGUCUCCCAACGUACACAGUCGUAAGUCUGGUAUGGGUUUAACAUCAGAUUCAACCCAUCAGUCAGUAGCCACAUCAUUGAUCCAGCAGUAGGCAGCUCCUCUGGAGUCAACUGGUAGUGAUCCAGUCAAGUUAUUUCUAUUGAUGGAAAGGGAACAUUGGCCUGAAUGAGGCACAAUCUGAAAUGUCAAUAUUAAGUUUCAUGGACAGAUCUUUAAUGAGGCUGUGGAUGGUGGUGAACAACUACAUACUUUGUUUUGCCUUGCCUGUAAGCUUCUAAUAGUGCACUUGUCUUGAAUAAGGGAAAACUACAAAAGGAAAACUACAUUUCCCAUUUCGUUUCUACCUAAGUGUCUCUGGUGAUUUCACAGAGUCUGCCAGUAACCAGUCUAGAGAGAGAAGGUAUUAAAACCACAGCUUUUGUUCCACUCAUUCCUCAAACAUUGCUUGUUUCCUGGUUUCACGCUACGUUCUCUCUAACUAAAUCGUUAAGUGCUAUACAACAUGAGUUUCUUCUUCCCUGUUUUGUGAUUGGUAAAGUCAGUGAGUAUUCUCUCUGAAGGAUGUCUUUCAUCACUCAUCCCAUGUCCCUGGUGGACCAAUUAUACCCUCUCUAAAACUCACAAGAUGAGUCGAGGGAGAGUCAGUAAGAACAAUACAAUAGAUUACUAACUGCUCACUCUAGGGGAAUUAUUUUGGCUUGAAAAAAUGUAAGACAUUAUCAUCAGAUCACCAAUAAAGUAAAAUAGAUAUAUUGUCUUUUAGGCCUUAUAUGGAUGUGAGCCUGGAUCCAGCAUGUAUUUCUAGAACACAGUAAGAACACCCACAGUGUUCCAGAACCCAGGCCAAAACCAAAAGUGUUCCAGAACCCAGGCCAACAGCCACAGGGUUCCAGAACCUAAGCCAACACCCACAGUGAAAACACUGCUUGGCCAUCUGCACCUCCGGUCACUUCAUUGAAGGUCUUCCAAGGUGCUCUCCUGAAUAUUUAUAGCUAAACAUACAGUGUCUACAUUUCCCACUGUACUGUAGCCUAUAAAACUGCCUCAUGAUCCAUGGCAGUCAAAGGAACAAAGACAGUAUGCUCUUCACUGACUUGCAUACACCUUACUACCACAUCACAGUGAAGAUGUGUGGACUUUGUUAUGAAUUACAUUUCAGAAUGCCAAAUAGGAGAAAUAUAAUAGUAACAUAAUGGUUUUGUAAAUGGAAAACACUUGUUAGCCCAUGGAUAUGAACAUUAGAAUGUCUGGUGUUUGCUGCCAGUGCUCCCCAUAGAAAAUGAUGCAGAAGGUGCACGUUUCUAAUUAUGUUUGGCUUGUUUCCUCAUUUCAUAUACAUUUGUGAUAAUUCAAAACAACCAACUGUAUGUAACUGAUUUAGAGUUUUUGUUAAUUAUACUGUUAAAUUAUUCACAGUUUGAAAUACCAGUAGCUUACCGUAUGUGGAAUGUUAAAAAUGGUUUUACGAUGGUAAUCCUUACCUGUUUAUCCUAAAAGAAUGGUGCUAAAAUAUCCUAAAUUAGUGGCUGGUAUGCUUGUACGUAUUGGAAAGGUGUAUUAUGUACUGUAUCAUGUUGUAAUAAAGACUGGAACAGAUCUUUUUUUUAGAAAAAGGC